CGACCGUUCGCCCCGCCCCGGCCUGCGCGGGGGCAGCUGGGGCUGAGGCGUCGGGGCUGUUGCCGGGCGACCGGGCGCUCGCUGGGGCCGGAGCCGCGAGUCUGGGGAGCGAGUAACUAUGUCUAAGAAGCUGUCGUUGCCUUCUUUAACUACAUCAUCAUCCUCUGUAAAUGGCAGAAACAAUGAAUAUACAAGUGCAGAACUUCCUGCUUCAAUCACUAAUACCAGUAAGCUGAGGGAAAGACUAGUUUGUAUGGCUCCAAAACAGAUAGCAGCAAAUCCUCAAGGUCUUAAAUUCAUACAUAGCACAAAAUCGCAAGAAAGAACAAGAAAGAGACAGCAAGCCAUAAAACUGGAACCUUUGCCUGUGCUAAAGGUAUAUCAGCAUCAUAAACAGCCUGAAUACAUCUAUCAAAAGAACAGAGAGCGUUUAUUAGCUUGUGGAUUACUGCAGCCUUCUCCCUCAGCAGAUAAAAGAAAACGGUCUGCUUCCAUGGAACCGAUGGCAUCCUAUGCUCUUUUAGCUGAGCUUCCAGAGCAUGUACAGCAGCAAAGCCCCAGUAAGGUACUAACUCCUACUCCUCCCAAACAGCUCCGUACUGCUCUAAAGCCAAGUGCCUGUAAACCUUCCACCUCUCCACCUUCUUAUGUUUUUAAUGAAACAGAAGAUGUAAUUAAAGCUAACAUUACAGAUCCUCUGAAAAUCAUUAAAAUAAUAUGUGAAAACAAAAAUCUUGGAUUCCUGUACAUGACUCCAGCAGUUCCUAAGUCAUCCAUUAAAUACGAUACUUUUAAUUUGAAAAUCGUAAACUAUGACUGCAUCAACAAAAAUGACUACUACACCAUUAGCCAGAAAGCAGUUAUCCACACAUGUGAUGGAGAAGUUGAAUUCAUGCAGCUAGAUCGCUGGGAGCAGGAAUAUCUGUAUCACAAAACAUUUACUAAGAUUCCCAUAUUUGCUAUCUUUUGCAAAUUGAAGUCAUUUACAGAGUGGAGGAAAAAUGUCCGUGCCAAGAAAAUCAGUGCGUGCCGUAAAGCUUUGCAGGAGAACUUGUUCAUCAUUAAUGCUUCCUUGCGGCCUGCAGUGCUUAAUGUUCAAGAAAUGUGUUACCGAAUCAGUGACAUGGGGCUUUGUCGUAUUGAGAAAGGUUACACGUACACCCUGGAGGAAUUUAGAAGCACUCAGUUCAAACAACUGGAUGAGGUGGCAAGCCGUCUAGCAGAGUUCAGGGAGCUAGCGAAAGAAGUUGUUAGAAGUGCUUGUCGAACUGCCCUGCUUGAAUCUGGAUUCACUCCUGAUGAUUAUUUUUAUGGACCAGGCAGUACAGAACAGGUAACUAUGGUAACUGGAUUAGCUGCUUCAAGUCUCCUUGUUGUUCCUCAUUAUGAAAGAGAACUUUAUGGAGAAACAGCUGAGAAAAUGACCUACACAGAACAGGCCAACAAAAGGUCUCAUUGUAGAAGGUUAACAUGCUUUAUCCGUCUUGCUGACUACCUAAUAGUGAACACUAUGCAUGUCCUGGCAGUAAAAUCAGUCACUACUCUUUUGAACUACCUUUCUUAUAAGUUGAAAAGGACACCUGCUGCAGAUGUCAUACAGAAGUGGAAUACAGAGGAAAAAAUUGAAGUCUCUGAAAAAAAGGCUGUGUCAGGGACUGCAGGGCAGGAUGAAGAAGAAUCAUUUCUGCCCAUGUUUCUUACAGAGUUAAUUUUGGAGAUCCAUGCAUUGUUGUUUGCACCAUCUUUGGAUGACUUCCAGGAAGGUAUUGCAGAUAUUAUUAAUCAGUUUCAGGCAACUGUGUUGUCUAUUGCUAAUCUUGUACCUGAUCAAUACUUUGAUGCCUUUACUCGUCCUAUUAUUAAUAACAAAAUUGAAGAAAAGACUUGUGGUGAAGGACCAAGUUUAUCAACCAUGUUUAAAGAUGAUAAGCAUUUGCAAGCUAUCAUCCAGCAAAUAAAGGAAACUGUGUAUUCAGCAUUUGAAGCAGCCAACUUAUAUGCAGACACUUUUGAACAGUUUCGGUUAUUUUUCAAAGAAAAUGAAAGUCUGGAUUUGGAAGCUCUGAAGCAGCAGGAACAUGGUGUUGAUUUCUUUGCGGAACAACUGGAGAAAUAUCACAGAGAACACAAAGAUGCUUUGGCUAUAAAGCAGAAAAGAAAUUUAGGCUUGUUGCUUAUAGAUGCUAGAAAACUGAAAGAAAAAUUAAUACCAUCACCAAAGCGCUGCUUGGAGGUCAUUAAUGAUAUGCUUCCAGUUAUUGGGAAGAAAAAAGUGACUGACAUUAUAGCUGAGGCACAAGAUGCCAAAUUUAAACUUGAGUUUCUCCCAUCCACAACUACAGAAUAUGUGAAUAGCCUGAUAUUCCUUGAUGAAAUUCAGGAACGAAUUGAAAGCCUUGAAGAAGAAGGAAAUGUGGUAACUCAGAUGUAUCAGCUUAUUGAACAGUACCAAGUACCGACACCUCCUGAAGAUUUUGCUCUUUUUGCAACUCUGAAACCAUCCAUUGUUGCGGUUCGCAAUGCAAUUGACAAAUCAGUGGGUGAAAGAGAUUCCAGCAUUACCAAAUUUUGUCAACAUUUAGACCAAGAUGUUGUAGAGCUAAAUGAGGAAGUGAAAGAAGUGAAACAGCAAGCCCAGGACCCACAGAUUUUGGAUAUUGCAGCUGACCAAGCCAAAGUCAAACAAACUCUAACAGACUUGCAAACCAUUCUAGAUGAGCUACAGAAACGGGCCUUCCAGUAUAAAUCCUACCAGAAGAAUUUUAAGGUGGAAAUUUCAAAAUUUGAUGCUUUGGAGGAAGUUAGUGCAGAACUGAAACUCAAACAGCUGCUUUGGGAUUCUUGUUCUGAAUGGGAAAUACUCCAAACAGAAUGGAUGGAGUGUAAAUUUGAUAGCUUGGAUCCAGAAUACCUGAAUUCUCAGGUUUCCAAGUACGCCAAAUUUGUGAAUCAAUUGGAAAAGGGUUUGCCACCCAAUAAUAUAGUGCCCCGGCUCAAGGGGAAUGUGGAGAAGAUGAGAGAAAAGCUUCCAGUUAUCACAGACCUAAGAAACCCCUUUUUGAAACCCAGGCACUGGGCAGUUUUGGAGCAAAUAGUUAAUGCACCACUGGUGGAUGUGGAAUACCCAUUAUCUUUGGCUCGACUGGUUGAGCUCAGUGCUUUUGAAUUUUCUCAAGAAAUUCAGGAUGUUUCUGGACAAGCUUCUGGAGAAGCUUCCUUAGAGACCAUUCUCAAAAAGGUGGAGGAUUCUUGGAAAACAACUGAAUUCAUUGUUCUUCCUCAUCGUGAUUCUAAAGAUGUUUUUAUCCUUGGUGGUACAGAUGACAUUCAGGUUCUUCUUGAUGACAGCACUAUUAAUGUAGCAACUAUAGCCUCCUCACGAUAUGUGGGCCCUCUGAAAGCACGUGUUGAUGAAUGGCAAAAGCAGCUCUCCUUAUUCAGUCAAACAUUGGAAGAGUGGUUGACAUGUCAGAGAAAUUGGCUUUACUUAGAAAGUAUUUUUAGUGCUCCUGAUAUACAGAGGCAGCUACCUGGAGAGGCAAAGAUGUUCUUACAGGUGGAUAAGUCCUGGAAGGAAAUAAUGAGAAAAGUUAAUCGUCUGCCAAAUGCUCUUCGUGCUGCUACUCAGCCUGGCCUCUUAGAGACUUUUCAGAAUAACAAUGGGCUACUUGAUCAAAUUCAAAAAUGCCUAGAGGCUUAUUUGGAGUCCAAGCGAGUUAUCUUCCCCAGGUUUUACUUUUUAUCAAACGAUGAACUCCUGGAAAUCUUGGCCCAGACUCGCAAUCCUCAAGCAGUUCAGCCUCAUUUAAGAAAAUGCUUUGAUUCAAUUUCUAAACUAGAGUUUGCCAUGAUGACUCCAUCUGAGGGAGAAGAAAAGGUUUUUACUAAUGAUAUUUUAGCAAUGUUGUCGCCCGAGGGAGAGAGGGUUGGCUUAGGGAAAGGACUUAAGGCCAGAGGAAAUGUAGAAGACUGGCUUAGUAAAGUAGAAGAAGCCAUGUUCUCUUCUCUUAGACGCCUGACUAAAGCUGCUAUUGCUGAUUAUCAAACCAGAGUGAGAAUGGAAUGGGUUGUUGCUGGACACCCAUCUCAGGUUGUCCUGACUGUUUCCCAGCUCAUGUGGUGCCGUGAUCUGACUCAGUGCUUAGAAGGAGAAGAUCAUGAUCACUUACAAGCUUUAAGUGACUUUGAAAAAAUAAAUGUUGAUAGGUUAAAUGCACUGGCUGGAUUAGUCCGUGGUAGUCUUCCAAAAUUACACAGAAAUAUUAUAACAGCGUUGAUAACUAUUGAUGUACAUGCAAGAGAUAUCGUCAGUGAACUUGUGGCAGAAAAGGUGGACACUGUUGACAAUUUUGAAUGGCAAAGACAACUACGUUAUUAUUGGGAUCUUGAUCUGGAUAACUGUGUUGCUAGGAUGGCUUUAUCCCAGUAUACUUAUGGCUAUGAAUACCUAGGAGCAUGUCCAAGAUUGGUGAUAACCCCACUGACUGAUCGCUGCUACCUUUGCCUUAUGGGAGCUUUGCAGCUUGACCUAGGUGGAGCUCCUGCUGGACCUGCUGGAACUGGUAAAACAGAGACGACUAAAGACCUUGCCAAAGCACUUGCCAUCCAGUGUGUUGUGUUUAACUGCUCUGAUGGUUUGGAUUACAAGAUGAUGGGACGAUUCUUCAGUGGUUUGGCCCAGUCUGGAGCAUGGUGCUGCUUUGAUGAAUUUAACCGAAUUGAUAUUGAAGUUCUGUCUGUGAUUGCUCAGCAGCUGAUAACUAUUAGGAAUGCUAAAGCUGCAAAGCUCUCUCGAUUUAUGUUUGAGGGACGUGAAAUAAAGUUGGUUAUGACCUGUGUGGCAUUCAUCACAAUGAAUCCUGGCUAUGCUGGACGAACAGAGCUACCUGACAAUCUAAAAGCUCUCUUCAGACCCUUUGCAAUGAUGGUCCCAAAUUAUGCCUUGAUUGCUGAGGUGAUUCUGUAUUCUGAAGGAUUUGAAUCUAGUAAAAUUCUUGCAAGGAAGAUGACUCAAAUGUACAAACUUUGUAGCGAGCAGCUUUCUCAACAAGAUCAUUAUGACUUUGGAAUGAGAGCAGUCAAAUCUGUAUUAGUCAUGGCUGGGUCACUAAAAAGAGAGAACCCAGAUCUGAAUGAGGAAGUGGUAUUAAUAAGGGCUUUACGAGAUUCUAACCUACCGAAAUUUCUUGCAGAUGACGCUCUUCUGUUCAGGACUGUGCAAUUUACCAAAUCUGUAGUUGCAAGGGGAUUGCUAAACCGAAUACAAGAAGAAGCAGGCUAUGUUCCUGUUUACCUAAACUUCUCUGCUCAGACGUCAUCUGCUAGAACACAAGAGAUUAUCGAGUCCAAAUUAGAAAAGAAAAGAAAAAAUAUUUUAGGAGCACCAGGAAACAAAAGAGUUGUUAUUUUUGUGGAUGAUCUAAACAUGCCUAAAUUGGAUCGGUACGGUUCUCAGCCUCCCAUUGAGCUACUUCGGCAGUACCAAGAUUUUGGAGGAUUCUAUGACAGAGAGAAACUAUUUUGGAAAGAAAUACAGGAUGUAACGAUUGCAUCAGCUUGUGCACCCCCAGGCGGUGGUCGCAAUCCAGUAACUCCGCGUUUCAUAAGACACUUUGCCAUGCUGUGCCUUCCAACACCCUCGGAGCACAGCCUUAAACAAAUUUUUCAGGCAAUCUUAAAGGGCUUUUUGGCUGAAUUCUCUCCAGCAGUAAAGCAGACUGCAACGAGCAUAGUGGAUGCUGCUGUUGAAAUAUAUCAAAGAAUGAGCAUUGAUCUUCUCCCAACGCCUGCAAAAUCCCAUUAUGUAUUUAAUUUACGUGAUUUGUCAAAGUGUGUGCAAGGCAUUCUCCAAUGUGAUCCUGGAGCAGUCAGAGACCAAACGCAGAUCUUCAGACUCUUUUGCCAUGAGUGUCAGAGAGUCUUCCAUGACCGCCUCAUCAACAGUGAAGAUAAACAGUAUUUUCAUUCUAUGUUAUCUGAAAUGGCCAGCAAACAUUUUGCAGUCCCAGUUGACCCAGAUUACUUUGUAAGAAAACCAAUCAUCUUUGGAGACUUCCUUAAAAUGGGCGCAGAUAAAGCUGAUCGAAUAUAUGAGGAUCUGACAGAUACGGAGAAGAUUAUAUCAGUUUUACAAGACUACCUGGAUGACUAUAAUAUAACAAACUCUAAGGAGACAAAGCUGGUAUUCUUCCAGGAUGCCAUCGAGCAUGUUUCAAGAAUUGCUCGGAUGAUCCGUCAGGAAAGAGGAAAUGCCCUGCUUGUUGGAGUAGGAGGUACUGGCAAACAGUCUCUCACUCGACUUGCCUCUCAUAUAUGUGGGUACAAAUGCUUUCAGAUAGAACUUAGCCGUGGUUAUAAUUACGACAGUUUUCAUGACGAUCUGAGGAAGCUGUAUAAGAUGGCAGGCGUAGAAGACAAGGAUAUGGUUUUCCUCUUCACAGACACACAGAUUGUUGUAGAGGAGUUCUUGGAAGACAUAAACAAUAUUCUCAAUUCUGGGGAAGUACCUAAUUUAUUUGAAAAAGAUGAAUUGGAACAGGUUCUGGCACCUACGAGACCCAAAGCUAAAGAGGCAGGAAUACCAGAGGGGAGCAGAGAUGAGGUAUUUCAAUACUUCAUUAACCGAGUUCGUCAGAAGCUGCAUAUCGUUCUCUGUAUGAGUCCUGUAGGUGAAGCUUUCCGAUCGCGUUGUCGGAUGUUUCCAUCCCUUGUGAAUUGCUGUACUAUUGAUUGGUUUGUGCAGUGGCCCAGAGAAGCACUUCUUUCUGUAUCAAGGACAUUUUUCCUGAAUGUUGAUCUUGGAAGUGACGCGUUGAAAGAGAAAGUUUCAGUAAUGUGUGUAGAUAUUCAUAUGAGUGUGACUGAAAUGGCAGAUCGAUAUUAUGCUGAGCUGCGGCGACGAUAUUACACAACACCCACUUCGUAUUUAGAAUUAAUCAAUCUCUACUUGACCAUGCUGGGGGAAAAAAGGAAGCAGUUGGUUUCAGCUCGGGAUCGAGUGAAGAAUGGCUUAUCCAAACUAUUAGAGACGAACGUGCUUGUAGAUAAAAUGAAAUUAGAUCUCUCAGCUUUAGAGCCAGUCCUUGUAGAGAAAUCAGUGGAUGUUGAGGCUUUGAUGGAAAAAUUAGCAGUGGAUCAAGAAAAUGCUGAUCAGGUUCGCCGUGUUGUUCAAGAAGAUGAAGCUAUUGCCAAAGUGAAAGCGGAAGAGACUCAGGCAAUUGCUGAUGAUGCUCAACGGGAUCUGGAUGAAGCUCUCCCAGCUUUAGAGGCUGCAAACAAAGCUCUUGACUCUUUGGAUAAAGCAGAUAUAUCUGAAAUUAGAGUUUUUACCAAGCCUCCGGAUCUUGUCAUGACUGUAAUGGAAGCUAUCUCCAUUCUUUUAAAUGCAAAGCCUGACUGGGCAGCAGCAAAACAGCUCCUUGGAGAUUCCAAUUUCCUCAAAAAACUUUUAGAAUACGAUAAAGAAAAUAUAAAGCCUCAAAUAUUGUUAAAGCUUCAGAAAUAUAUAAAUAACCCAGAUUUUGUGCCUGAAAAAGUAGAGAAGGUGUCCAGGGCCUGUAGGUCAAUGUGCAUGUGGGUGAGAGCCAUGGAUUUAUACUCUAGAGUCGUCAAAGAAGUUGAGCCAAAGAGGCAAAAGUUAAAUGCUGCACAGGCUGAGCUCGAUGCGACUAUGGCUACCCUUCGCGACAAGCAAAAGAAAUUAAAGCAGGUGGAGGAUCAGAUCCAGGCAUUACAAGACCAGUAUGAAAGAAGCCUUGAAGAAAAAGAGAGCCUUGCAAGGACCAUGGCACUUACCCAAGCUCGCCUCACUAGAGCUGGAAAGCUCACAGCUGCAUUAGGAGAUGAACAAGUUCGGUGGGAAGAGAGCAUCAGGAAUUUUGAAGAUGAGAUUUCAAACAUCAUAGGGAAUGUGUUCAUAGCAGCUGCUUGCGUUGCCUAUUAUGGGGCUUUUACAGCACUUUAUAGGCAACUGCUGAUAGAUUGCUGGAUUAAGAAAUGUCAGAAUCUAGAGAUUCCUAUCAGUCCAGACUUCAGUCUUAUAAACAUUUUGGGAGAUCCCUAUGAAAUUCGCCAGUGGAACACAGAUGGGUUACCACGUGACUAUGUGUCUACCGAGAAUGGGAUUCUUGUGACUCGAGGGCGACGCUGGCCACUGAUGAUUGACCCCCAGGAUCAGGCAAAUCGGUGGAUAAGAAACAAAGAAAUGAAAUCUGGUUUAAAGAUAAUUAAGCUUACAGAUGCUGGUUUCCUGCGUACUCUUGAGAAUGCUAUUAGAUUGGGUUUACCUGUUCUUCUAGAAGAGCUGAAGGAAAUCUUGGACCCUGCACUGGAGCCUGUUCUUUUGAAGCAGACCUUUGUUUCUGGUGGAAGAAUGCUUAUUCGCCUUGGAGAUUCUGACAUUGAUUAUGACAGAAACUUUAGGUUCUACAUGACAACUAAACUACCAAAUCCACACUACCUUCCAGAGGUGUGUAUUAAAGUUACUAUAAUCAAUUUCACUGUAACCAGAUCUGGCCUGGAGGAUCAGCUGCUAAGUGAUGUUGUGCGACUGGAGAAACCUGAGCUUGAGGAACAAAGAACCCAGCUCAUUGUGAGAAUCAAUGCUGAUAAAAAUCAGUUGAAAGCUAUUGAAGACAAAAUUCUAAAAAUGUUGUUUACUUCUGAAGGAAACAUCCUAGACAAAGAAGAACUCAUCAACACACUCCAGGAAUCAAAGGUUACAUCUGGUGCCAUUAAAACAAGGCUAAAAGAAGCAGAAUCUACUGAAGAGAAGAUAAACACUGCUCGUGAAAAAUACCGCCCUGUUGCUACUCGAGGGUCUGUCAUGUACUUUGUAAUUGCAAGUCUGUCAGAGAUUGAUCCCAUGUAUCAGUUUUCCUUAAAAUAUUUUAAGCAGUUAUUUAAUACAACUAUUGAGACUUCUGAAAAGAAUAAGAAUCUGCAGCAGCGCCUGGCAAUACUGCUUAGCCAGACCCUCUAUGCAACUUAUACCAAUGUUUCCCGCGGUCUUUUUGAACAACACAAGCUCAUCUACAGCUUUAUGCUGUGCAUUGAGAUCAUGCGGCAGAGAGAAGAACUUACCGAUACAGAAUGGAAUUUUUUCCUCCGGGGUUCUGCUGGCUUAGAUAAGCAACGCCCUGCUAAGCCCGAUGUUCCAUGGCUCGAAGACACCACCUGGUUUAUGUGUUGUGACUUAGAGGAAACACUCCCGUGUUUUCAAGGAAUUCAGAAUGACAUACUGUCCACACACAUUUUCAUUAAAUUAGGGUGCCUUGAAAUUCGUGUCAACCCAGAAACGUCGGAAACGUAUGAUUCUGAAUCCGCCCCUUCUGCAGAGCAAACUGAAGAAGAAAAAAAGGAAGGCACAACGAAAGCUUCCUGGGACACAAGACUGAGCAUGUUUCAGAAAUUAAUUAUUGUGAAAAGCUUUAUGGAAGAAAAGGUGGUCUCUGCACUUACUGAGUUUGUAAUAGAGAACCUUGGAAAACAAUUCAUAGAGAAUCCCCCAGUUGACUUGGGAACUCUUUAUCAAGACAUGUCCUCUUCAACGCCUCUGGUGUUUAUCCUAAGCACAGGCUCUGACCCCAUGGGAGCUUUCCAGAGGUUCGCAAAAGAGCGAGGAUAUUCAGAACGGGUACGGUCAAUUUCACUCGGGCAAGGGCAAGGACCUAUUGCAGAAAAGCUGAUAAAGGAUGCAAUGAAAACAGGAAAUUGGGUUUUUCUGCAAAACUGUCAUCUAGCAGUUUCAUGGAUGUUAGCUAUGGAGGAGCUUAUAAAAAGCUUUACCGAGCCAAAUGUUUCUAUUCAGGAGAGCUUUCGACUCUAUUUAAGUUCCAUGCCUAGUGAAACCUUUCCUGUCACUGUCCUUCAGAACUCUGUCAAGGUAACCAAUGAGCCUCCAAAAGGACUUCGUGCAAACAUCAGGCGAGCAUUCACAGAGAUGACGACUACGUUUUUUGAAGACAAUAUCCUAGGCAUAAAUUGGAGGAAAAUGAUUUUUGGCAUUUGCUUCUUCCAUGCUAUCAUUCAGGAGAGGAAAAAGUUUGGACCUCUUGGGUGGAACAUCUGCUAUGAAUUUAAUGACAGCGAUAGAGAAUGUGCCUUACUGAACCUAAAUCUUUACUGUCAAGAAGGAAAGAUACCCUGGGAUGCCCUAACUUACAUAACAGGUGAAAUUACUUACGGAGGGCGAGUUACAGACACCUGGGAUCAGAGAUGCCUGCGUACAGUCUUAAAGAGGUUUUUUGCUCCUGAAACAUUAGAAUAUGAUUACAAAUAUUCUGAGUCAGGUAUAUAUUUUGCCCCUAUGGCUGAUAGUUUGCAAGAUUAUAAAGACUAUAUUGAAAAUUUUCCUUUGAUCGACGACCCAGAAAUAUUUGGAAUGCAUGAGAACGCCAAUUUGGCUUUCCAGCGUAAAGAGACUAGCACUUUAAUCACGACAAUACUUGAGGUUCAGCCAAGAUCAACUGCACAAGGAUCAGGAAAAAGCAAUGAUGAAAUUGUUCAAGAGCUUGCUAGCACUAUCUUGACAAAACUGUCUGGAAAACUGGAUAUAGACACUGCUUCAGAAAGCCUUUUUGUCAAGGAUGACAAAGGACGUGUGGACUCUUUAACUACUGUACUUGGACAAGAAGUGGAUCGGUUCAACAAUCUGCUCGACUUGUUAAGAAGCUCUUUAGAAACCCUCAACAAAGCUAUUGCUGGUUUUGUGGUGAUGUCGGAAGAGAUGGAGAAAGUAUACAACAGUUUUCUUAACAACCAAGUUCCCACACUCUGGGCCAAUGCAGCAUACCCUUCUCUGAAGCCAUUAGGAGGAUGGGUAAAAGACCUUGUACUAAGGACAACCUUUGUAGAUUCCUGGCUCAGAAGGGGUCAACCGAAGUCGUUCUGGAUCUCUGGUUUCUUUUUUCCACAAGGAUUCCUGACAGGCACUCUUCAAAAUCAUGCUCGGAAAUAUAACUUACCAAUAGAUGAGCUUAGUUUCAGCUAUAAUGUCAUCCCUGUUUAUCGAGAUCAAGCACAAGUUACAGAAGCAUUAAAAGUGUGCCAAUUUGGACAAGAAUUACCUAUGGAUAUGCAGUUACCCUCUCCAGAAGAUGGUGUAUUGGUACAUGGUAUGUUCAUGGAUGCCAGUCGUUGGGAUGAUGAAGAGAUGGUUAUAGAAGACGCCUUACCUAGGCAAAUGAAUCCAAUGUUGCCAGUGGUGCAUUUUGAGCCCCAUCGAAAUUAUGAACCAAAUCCAUCUUUGUAUCAAUCACCACUUUAUAAAACUGGAGCCAGAGCUGGGACACUCUCCACCACAGGUCAUUCUACCAAUUUUGUGGUAACAGUCUUAUUACCCUCCAAAAGACCAAGUGACUACUGGAUAUCGAAAGGAUCGGCCUUGCUCUGCCAGCUGAAUGAGUAAGCAGGGUGCCGUUACAAUCCAGCAGGAGUAUGUGUAAAUCACAUUCACGAUGUAGACCAGCAGAAUGGUUUUAGCAUUAUCACAAUCCUCGACUCCUGACAGUAUAAUAAUACUGACUACUAAUCUAUAAUUUAGUUUUUCAUUUGUAUUAGAUUUUAUAAAAUAAAAUGUUGCCUGAUA